CAAACCUCGCCUGCCCGUGCUCUGCCCUGGCACUCCUGGCUGCUGCUUGCUGUAAUGAGGCAGAUGUCAACAAAACAAUGCGCAGGGCAGGGGGACCAUGGGGGGGAGCACCCUCCCCCCACCUUUCAAACGCCUGCCGGCUCGCGCCUCCCUCCGCUCAAUAAGUUGCCUGGCUCUGAUUUUUUGCCCGGCUGGCACUCCAUCACCAAUUCAUUCCUCCCUCUCCGGCUGUUUGUUGCUUGACGCGCCGUCCUUUUCUCACCCUCACUCGCCCCCAUCGCACCUUUCUGGCUGCUUCCCUCUGUCAUACCAGUAUCCAGGUUAGGUAGUCUCUGCCUUCGCGCUUCUUUCGUCUUCUUCUAUCCAGCCUAGGUCCAGAGGUCCAGGCGCACCAGGUCCAAGCUCAGGUGCAGGUACAGGUGCCUACCACUGGUCCGGAACACAAGGUUCCCUUCUCUUGUCGUGGCUUCUUGACUUUCUACCUUAUCGCCGGCUCUUCCACCUGCAACGCAUAAUUUCCCUCGGGAAGCUUGUUCGUCGUCCGACGAGCAACACGCACCCUUGCCUUCUCGCCCAGUCGCCAACAACAGGCCGACAUAAACAAACACAAUGGCGCUACAGAACGCUUACCUGCGCUUCCUCGCUGCGCCGGACCCGUCCGCCCUGGCCGAAAACGCGUCGCUGAGCUACAUAACCACCACCACCACCGUCGCUGGUGACGCCGAAGUUGUCCAGCAUCUCACUGACUUGCGCAAGCACCUCAACAAGACCAAGGAGGAUAUCCUCUCCUCCAUCGAGGGUCGCGAUGGUCUCGGCAUUGCUCUCGAGACGGAAACCUCGCUCGAGUUCACCGUCAGCGGCGGGCCGUAUCUCCCUGGGCUGGACGACAACUUUGUUACUGACCGCGGUGUCCACCUUGUUGUGACGCACUUUGUGGCCUUUGACAGGGCCGGCAAGAUCGUGCAGAUUCGCCAGUCUUGGGACCAGGCCUCGCUCCUGAAACAGCUCGAUGUUAUUGGCAGGAGCGGCCGCAACUGGCCUAUCCGGGAUAGCAAGGACCAGAUCAAGCUGAUCACCAAGUGCGUUGGCGGCUCCGCCGCCGCGACGGAAGCGGCAGACCUGGCUUCGCGCUCGCGCGGAAGCUCGACCAAUGCCAUGCGCGACCCGCACGCGACCCUGAACCUCUUUGCCCCCCGCGCCGAGGAACCCGAGCCCGAGAGCAUCAUCUCCCCCUACGCCGGCAAGACGCGACCCCACCAGCGGUCCUUCACCGAGAUCCUCGGCGAUGAGCCCGAGGACGACGAUGGCUCGGGAGUGUCUGGCGACUCCCCCUCCAAGAGCGUGAUUGCGCCCAAGGGCGGGGCUGGCAAGAACUUCCAGCCUAUGCGGCUCUUCGAUGGCGCGGCCGAGGCCCAGGGGCCCGACUCGCCCGAGCAGAGGGCCCCCGACCGCUUCUACCGCCCAAACCCCAAGAAGUACGAGCAUUUUGAUUUUGUCGACGGUAGUGACCCGAAGGACGCGCCUGUCAAGGGCACCGCGUUUGAGGAUGUGGCGAACGGAAAGCACAAGAGUCAGUGGGCUUUCGAGGACUUCACAACUCCUUCGAAGCCGCGUCCCCGACCCACGUGGUCUCAGGAGGAGCGGCACUGGAGCACCGAGAACAGCGAAGUAGCUGAGACGCCAGUGGCCCAGAAGCCCGCCCCGCCCAAGCCUCGUCGGGACGCGGCGGCCCACUUCGAGCUCCAGGACGACGGCGAACCUAGUGGCGAGCCGCGCCCGGCCGGCAGGCCGCGCGGCGCCGGCCACAACGACGGCCUCGGCCUGUACAAGAACAACCUGUACAGCGCCGACGGCUCGGCACCCCCGGAGGAUACCGACUCGCGUGUGCUCGGCAACAUAACGAACAUCAAAGAGAGGCGCCGCGACUUCAACUCCAAGUUUGAGAUGACUGACGACAGCCCCAGGCAAUCCGAAUUUGGCGCCAAUGUGUCCAGGCCACCCGUCCCGGAGGAUCGCAAGAAGGCCGUCAAGAACAUGGAGGCCAACUGGUCCUCGUACGACAAGUCUCCCGCCUCCCAGAAGGAGAACAGCCUCCCGGUCGCUCGCGGCGUCAAGAAGACGGACGAGCGCGGAAUCGUCAUCGGCGGAGACGGAAUGGGCGGCAAGAAGGGGACCAACCGAGACUGGCUCUACAGCGAGGAGGCCGAGGAGGCCGAGGAGACGCUACAGCCUCGCCCCGUUGCUGGCAAGAAGCAAGGUGUCCCCGUCAAGUCGGGCAACUUCUGGGACUUUUGAGAGGCGCGACGCGUGCCAGUCUAUCUCUCCGUGAUGGCUCUUCGGUUCCCAUAUUGUCUUUAUUAUGAUGUGAUGCGCCUCACGCUGCUCACGAUUACGUAGACUUUGUACUUUUUCCUCAUGACUGAGCACAGAGCUAGACCGAGCACGGAAGUGUCGAGCUCAUGCAGCGCUGCUGGCGCCCUUUCCCAUGUCUUGUUGGCAGCUUUGCGCAGAUAGCCAUUUUGUUUCAUAAAAAGUUCACCUGCCA